CUGGUGGUCCAUGAGCAGCUUCAUGAUGGGGAGAAGCCCCACAAGUGCUUGGAGUGUGGGAAGAGCUUUAGGUGGAGCUCCCACCUGAUCAGGCACCAGAGGAUCCACACCAGGGAAUGGCCCUACAAGUGUGGGGAGUGUGGGAAGGGCUUCAGCUACAGAUCCAACCUUGUGACCCACCAACGCAUCCACACUGGGGAGAGGCCCUACGAAUGUCCCCAGUGUCAGAAGAGGUUUCAGACCAGCUCCAGUCUCCUCCAGCACCAGCGGAUUCACACUGAGGAGAGGCCCUUCCUCUGCCCUGAGUGCGGGAAGGGCUUCAAGAACAACGCGGACCUCAUCAAGCACCGGCGCAUCCACACUGGGGAGAGGCCCUACCAAUGCGCCACAUGUGGGAAGAGGUUUCAGACCAGCUCCUGUCUCCUCCGGCACCAGCGGAUUCACACUGAGGAGAGGCCCUUCCACUGCCCUGAGUGCGGGAAGGGCUUCAAGCACAACUUCACCCUCAUCAUCCACCAGCGGAUCCACACAGGGGAGAGGCCCUACGAGUGUCCCCAGUGUGGGAAGAGCUUCACCACCAGCUCUCACUUGACCAGUCACCAACGGAUUCAUGAUGGGGAGAAGCCCUACAAGUUCUUGGAGUGUGGGAAGGGCUUCAGGUGCAGCUCUGAGCUCAUCACCUACCAACACAUCCACACCGGGGAACGGCCCUAUGAGUGCCUCGAGUGUCCAAAAAUGUUUCACACCACUUCCACUCUCGUCAAGCACCAGUGGAUUCACACAGAGGAGAGGCCCUUCCGCUGCCCUGAGUGUGGGAAGGGCUUUAGAGAAAACAUCAGC